ACUUGGCCGACAAGGUAAUCCGCAGUGGUACUCGACCACACGAGGCUGUGGAUUAUUCUCGAUCGCACCAUCGAACGCAGUGAUCGGAAAGUGCAUCGGCAAUUAUUGGUACUGGCACCCGGUACUGUUUUUCUAGUUCGCGAAUAGAACUGCGUAGCACGUGUGAUUUUGGUUUUCUUUUUUUUCCGUUCGGAAUUUUUUUCUGUGGUGAUAAUUUGGUUUUAAGUGAUUGUUUUUGUUAUUUGGAUUUUUCGUCAGAGAAGUUGACAUAACAUUUCUAUAGAAGAGCAGUGGGUGAUGAUUUAAAUUGGAAAUGACGGAAGUCGCCGCCAUGAGUUUGAUUCCGUCCCGGAAUCGGAUCGCAGCGGUAAGACAUUAUGAGGCGGCACCUCCACCAGGAUUGGAGUUGGUCGAGCCUGGGGAGACUAUCGCCACCACAAAAGAAGAGGAAUGGGUCAGUAAGAAAAAAACUGAAGUAACCAAUACCAAACAAAUCGAAACCCGAGUCAAGAGACAAGUUGUAUUAGAAGAUGGAAAAGUCGUUGAAGAUUCUGGACCUAUGGUCACCACUAACACUACAGAGGAUACCGAAACCCAGGAGCAUCACCAAACAGAGUUGCGAAAGUUGGGGGACGACGAAGUCGAUGGAAUAAAAGCCCUCAACGAUGGGGGUGAAAAUCGGAUGGCCGUUGCCGGUCAAUCGAACUGGGUUGCUGUACCCAAUCCCGAUGGUAUCGUCAGAGAGGUUAAGGAACGUAAAAUUAUAUCCAGAGAAGAAACAGAAGAAGUCAAAGAGACGGAAGAUGUCCAACAUUAUGGAGAUAUAACUGACGAAGAUUUUAUCUCAGCAGUAAGCUCCGGUAAAACAGACAUCCGAAAGGUCCUCCGCACGCAGGAAGGAAACCACCAAGUGGUCUCCACUGGUCCAAGACUAGUCCUCGACACUAAAAAGAGCAAGAAAACCACCGACACAGAAGAUACUCGAGAAUUAAGCGCCGUCCGUGAGGAUGGUAAAAUCGUGACAGAAACGCAGAGAACUACCGAGCACGAAGAAGUUAACGACGAUGAGCUUCCGGAUGAUGAACCCGAUCAGAAUUUCCAAAAGGAGAGCUCUCAAAGAUAUGUAAAAACGAAAGAGCAGGAAGACGUCGAUUACAUAGCCGAUGGUGUAAACAUUGGACACGAAAUGAGGUUCAAAACCGAAACGAUGGAAGCUGAUCGUCGCGGCGACGGGAUCGACGAACCCGAUUUGUUCGAAUCGCUUUCCGCGAGAGCAAGAAGAAGAGGAAAUAAUCGACAGCCAUACAGGCCUCGAGGCCUAGACGAUGUAGCGUCUCCCUUAGACAGAAAAGACGCUCUUACUCGAAAGCCGCUAGACUUCGAUCAAGAAGAAGAAACACGAAAAGUCGAAACGUCCAAAUGGUUAGAACAUCAUUUUGGAAGCGAUUCGCGCUCUUCUAAUAACUCUACUGUGGAAGAUGAGGAACAUCCUCCGAAAACGAGCUUUUUUAACGUUACUAUUAAGUCGCAACCGACACGAGCUGAACCUGUUCCUCGAAAUACUUUAGUUUCUACUGUUAAAGAGUCUUCAAGGGUGUACAGCCCUGUAGAACCGGAAAGAGAUAGAAACAACGGUACUAGCUAUUAUAAAGGUGUUCGAGAGUGGUCGGAUCACCGUCAGCAGCACUACACCGAACAACGCCAUUCACCCCCUUACCAAUCCCCAUCGCCAUAUUCAGGUGAUCGUACCCGCCGAUCACCUAGUCCCGACUACCGUCCCUCCCAUUCGCCUGUACCCGAUUAUAGGAAGCAACAUUCCCCUCAUUCUCCAACUCCCGAUUACAUACGAAAUCAGCAUUCGCCUGUUCCGGACUAUUCCCGAAACGCACGAAUGUCGCCCAAGAGGGAAGUGGUCACCAUCACUCCUACCCCGCCGAGGAGAACGAAGAACGAGAGACAGCGUCAACGAGUAGUUGAUGAUAGGAGCAGGUACGAUAACGAAUAUCGAAAUACGAGACGAGAAGAUGAACGAAUCCAGAGACUCGCACACGUCGAAGAACCCCCUCCAGACUAUUCACCUCCUAGUCCGCCGCAAAUGCCCAACGGAAAAAGACAUUCGCAAAAAACUAGGUUUGCCGUUGAAUCACCACCGAAACCUCCAAAGUCUGGAAAUAUUAUAGGCCAAUCCAUCCGUAAGCUAGUAGGCAAGAUCCGCUCGGCGAGCGCGGAGCGCAAGGCCCGACAACGAGCCAAACGGUCGCCGUCGCCUCCAUCAUACCAACAAGGGCACGUCAUCGACAGCAACAUAGGCCAUAGCAUGGAUCGGUUGGAUAGACAAGCACCGGUCCAACGGUACUACCUUGGAGAAGACCCUUUUGGAGGGAGCAUCUACGGACGGGAGAACAAGUACGAGGGUGCGCGGCCCGCGCGAAAUUCGAGACGGCCGCGUGAGGUGGUGCCAGAAGAAAGGAGGUCCCAGAGCACCUUGGGUAGAUUUAGUAAAUCCACAUCCCGCUUAGUGAACGGUCAGCAUCACACCGACGAAAGAAAUUCUCAAACACUCCCGCGCCAUCUGCCGAAACAAGAGGCCCCUCCGAGACCGCUAACGAACAGAUCGAACAGUACUAUUAACGUUUCGAUCAUCAACACGGUGUCAUCUCCCAGGAAGCUGGAUGGUCCUGUCAAACCCCAGCGCACGUUCAAAUCGAAUCUGUCCAGAAGCAAGAGCUUAAACGUUCACGGAGGCAUGUACGCGUCAAAUCCGGUACUCAACCAACCAGUGGGGCUCAAAAGUCCUGGAUUAAUUUCAAGUCUUAACCGAAGCCACAAAGAUAUCAGUGAAGAAUCUUACACUAGCCGUUUUGCCCGAAACGGUAUAAGUGACCAUAGUGAAAAUAAAAAAGUGUUUCUAUCCUCCCUUAAAGACAGGGCUCCAGAGCUAUUUAAAACCCUAGAAGAAAACGAGAGCUAUAAGAACGGCAGAAGCUACAAUGGGGAUAUUUACGAGCCUCCAACUAGACUACGAGAUACUAAGAUAGUAAGUUCUACUCCAAAUCACUCCGUAUAUCGUAGAGGUAGUGCAUCUAGUACAGAUUUUUCGGAAACUUAUCACACUACUACAAGAAGUGACGACCCUCAUAAUCCAACGGUAACAAAUACUACAAAGAGUUUCAGUAGAAGAACUGUACCAUCUCACAAUGGACGAGGUAUGGAAACUAUACAGUCCAGUGAGACUAAGAUCACUAAAAGCAGCCAUCACAGAGGAGGAUAUGAGCCUCCCAAGAAAUACCAUGAAGAUAGAUGGUAUAAUAGUUCUGGGUCAAAACCGGUCGUAAUUGAGCUUAGAAAUUAUAAUUAGUGUCUUUUGUGCCUAUAAUUAUUUUAACUUUAUUUUUAAAGUGUAACUUAUAAUUCUGUUUAUUUUAUUUCAUUUAACGAUAUCUAGAUUUUAACAAUAAUAAACUUUGUUAAUACAA